AGGAGCGUUCUGGUGCGUUCGAGAGGUCCCGGUCACGAGAAGGAAGCGACAGCGCUGCUCGUCAGCUGGUUCAUCUUCAACAUCAUCCUCUACCUCCUGUUCAUGACUUUGAUCAUCUUGUUCGAGGAACUGCCCAAGGAUUCUGUCACCGAUUCCUGCUUGGGCCGUGUUGCCCGAAAGGAUACGACUGGUUUGUCUGACGCCCAGUUCACGCUGUCGAUCGUUUACAAGGUCAUGGUGGCCUCAGUUUCCAUUAUCAUGGCACUCUUGUUCUUGAUUGCGGGAGGCGGACUUCACUAUAAGCUGGUGAUCUUGGGCAAGGCGAAGGGAGGAAACUCCAACUGGAAGCCCCAACCCCAAGGACCUUACGCUCUCGAGGGUCACAAGCAUGGUGUCCACGGCCACCGGCUCGUCUACGAGCAGCAACUCUUCUACAUCGUACAGCUCAUCGAGCUCAACCAACUCGAACUCGGCAAGCUCUUCCAUGUCCUCAGACUCUUCUUCGUCCAUGUAAAGUUUGGAUUCAACGUCAAUACAA